UAAGUACUGCAUCUAUUUGAUAAGAUCUGAUAAUAUUUUAUGAUUCAAAAUGUUAUUGUGUUAAAAACUCGAGCCAUUUGUUACUUUACCGUUAAAAGAGUGUAGUGUCAAUUGAAUAUGAGGAAAAUACCUGAUAAUAUCAAAUUUGCGGUAGCUUCAGCUGCUUAUCAAAUCGAGGGAGCAUGGAACGCAGCAGAUAAAUCACCGAGCAUAUGGGACACAUUCUGUCAAAAGCCGGGAGCCAUUAUGGACGGCACAAAUGGCGAAGACACCUGCAAAUCGUAUGAGUAUUACAAACGAGAUAUUGAGAUGAUCAAGUUUCUAGGAGUCUCGGUCUACAGGUUCUCUAUAUCUUGGCCGAGACUCCUUCCUGACGGUUUCGCGAACAAAAUAAGUAAAGAAGGCACAGAGUACUAUAACAAUUUGAUUAACGGAUUAAUAGAGAAUGGAAUUGAGCCUGUAGCUACUAUGUAUCACUGGGAUUUACCACAGAAACUCCAAGACCUGGGUGGUUGGGCCAAUCCUGAUAUAGCGGUCUGGUUUGAAGACUAUGCUAGGGUUUUGUAUGAAUUAUUCGGGGAUAGAGUAAAAACGUGGAUUACAUUGAAUGAACCGAAGCAAUUCGCUGUCUUUGGGUAUGGAAUGUCUAGAUUUGCACCAGCUUUGAACAUGGGUGGUAUCGCUGAGUAUCUGGUGGCAAAGAACUUACUGCUCGCACACGCCAGGGCGUGGCAUUUAUAUGAUAAGGAAUUCCGGUCAACGCAAAAAGGUGUAUGUGGUAUUACUAUAGCUACAGAUUAUCGCGAAGGUGAGACAGACUCCCCAGAUGACGUAAUUGCAGGCAAAGAGGCAAUGGACUUCGAAGUAGGCCUGUAUAGCCAUCCUAUAUUUUCCACUGCGGGUGGCUUUCCUGAAAGUGUGAUACGCCUAGUCGGACAGAAAAGUGCCAAACAGGGCUACCCUAGAAGCAGGCUGCCGGAGCUCAGCACGAAAGAAAUCAAAUUUAUUAAAGGAACAAGUGAUUUCUAUGGUUUCAAUCACUAUUCCACGAAGUUCUUUACGCGGAACACUUACAAGCAAGGAAUGUUUCCCGUGCCAUCCUACGAUGACGAUUUGGAUGCAGUCUUCUCCAUUAAGGAUUACAAACCGGCUGCCGUCAUACAUUCAACAGCCAUACCGUGGGGCAUGAGAAAAGCGCUAAAAUGGGUGAAAGACAACUGCAAUGAUCCAGAGAUAAUGAUUUUCGAAAAUGGUUUCGGAGAUCUGGGUGGUACGGACGAUGUCGACAGAAUAUCAUAUCUCACCAGGUAUAUUGAUGCCAUGUUGGAUGCUAUUGAGGUUGACAAGUGUAAUAUCACAGUGUACACUGUGUGGAGCUUGAUGGAUAACUUCGAAUGGUGUAGUGGAUUGAGCAUUAAAUUCGGCAUCUUUGAGACGGACUAUGAAGACGAGGAAAGAAAGCGAAGGCCUAAAUGUUCAGCGUUUUGGUUUCGCCAUUUGGUUGCCACGAGGACGCUAGACCCUGGCUAUAAAGCACUGCGAGAAGAUUUGACAUUCUAACAAGUUGCAUCGUAUUUUAUCCAUCAUAAAGUUAUGCUAAUGACGACCUCCGUG